AUGGAAAUUCUAGUAGCUUUCUUUUGUGUUAUUCUAGAUAGUCGUAUUAACAAAUUUCCAAACAAGUUGAAUCUCUUGGAAUCGAUACAGAUGAGUCAAGCACCAAAUCCAUUUACUCAGGCAGCUAGUCAAGGAUAUGGCCAUUUCGCAGAGACAGUUGACGAGGAUGAUGAGCAACAUGCCAAUGAUGACGAAGAAGAUGAACAGCAGCAAAGUGAAGAGCCCGAAGGACCACAAUCGCCUGAACCUGAAGAAAAUGAAACAGAUGAACCUGUCUUUACUCAAACGCAAGAACGUUCAUAUCCAACUGGUAUGGACGAAGACGAAAAUGUAGAACAGGAAGAAACAUCUGACCACGAAGAACAGCAAGAAGAAAAUGAUGAUGAAGCAGGACCAAGUUCACCAGUGAAUGACAACGAGGAACAAGAAGAAGAUGAAGAGCAGGAUAACGAUGACGAUGAAAGUGCGAAGAAGAGCCAGUCACAAUCACGUCGCCGUGUGCAAAUUAUGAACGAUUCUGAUAACGAAGACGAACAAGAAACGCAAUCGACUGGUGUUGUUAGCAAAGAGAAAAAUCGUAGUUUCCUCAAGCAAUUCAUUACGAACAAUGAAGAAUCACCUAAAAAGCAUAAACGGCGAAGUGAUGAACAUCGGCAUCACCAUCAUCAUGAAAAGAAAUCGAAACGUUUUCGAAAAACAUCCGACGACGCAGAGGAAACUGAAGAAGUCGAAGAAAAAGAAAAAACCAACGAUGAAGCAACAUCUGAUGUUGACGAUGUGAUGGAUGAUAUCUUUGGCAAAGAUGGCAAUGAAAACGAGGAAGGUAAUAGUGACCAAGAAGAGGUUGCCGCUGAGUUACAAGAUCUCCAAGAUGAUAAAGGGGAUGAACAGAAUGUGGACGAAGAAGAGAUGGAUCAACAACAAACUUAUGACGGUGAAGAAGAAGAUGACGAUGGUGGUGAUGAAUCAUCAUCCAAGGCCAACCAAGCGAAAGGGAAAAGUAAUAUCAUCUACGACAUUGAUUUAUACCUGGAGAAGAAAGCUGAGAGACGUCGUGGUAAUCGUCGUCGCGAUGGAAGAGGUGGCGAUGUUAUUGAUCUCGCAGGUCCCGAUGCCGAUAAGCUUGUUUCGAAACUGAUUGAACAAAUGAAAAUUGCAACCGAAGAAGAUCGUAUUUUCAAUAAGAAUCGACAACCAGCAACAGCAAAACUUCUACUAUUGCCAAUUGUUGAACAACAACUAUGUCGAGCAGAUUUGACUGAAAUCUUUCUCGAUAAUGGAGUUUUGACAGUGUUCAAGGAUUGGCUCAGUCCGUUACCGGAUAAAAGUUUACCCAAUAUGAAAAUUCGUGAAUCUCUUAUUAGAAUUCUACAACAAUUUGGAGGAAUUAAUGUUGAUGCAUUGCGCGAUAGCGGCAUCGGUAAAGCUUUAAUGCACCUAUACAAGCAUCCACGAGAAACAAAAGAGAAUAAAAUCAAAUUGAUUAAAAUCAUUCAUGAUUGGGCACGGCCAAUAUUCAAUUUGGAUACAGAUUACAAACAUUUGACUCGUGAAGAACGACAACAACGUGAUGCUGAUCAAGCGUCACUCAAACGGCAAACCUCUCAAACGGGAAAACCGAAAAAUCGUAGUGCAGAUAUGGACUUGCCUUUCGCGAGUAGCAAACGCCAAGGCAAUGACGAUGACUUAAACGAAGAAGAUUGUCCACGUGCUCGUGUACCGCGACCAUCUAAUAAAGAUUAUGUUAUUCGUCCCGUUUCAACAGUCGAAUAUUCCGACAAAAAGGGUGACGGUAAAAAGAAGACCAUCUCCCGGUUAGAUGAACUCAAACGACGUCAACAAGAUCGAAAACGACUCUCCAAGCCCAUGCCUAUAGUCAAACUCAGUAUUGAAGGAAAUAAAAUGCACUUAUAG